UACUACUGGGAGUUGAAUAUAUAAGAACGGGCAGUGAGUGUUUGUUGCAAAGGUUGGUUCAUACAUCAGCGCGCCUAUCCAAGUCUACUAUAAGACAACAACAUCUUUCAAGCCUCGACUAUACAAUAUACAAUACUUCAUCACAGAUAAUGGCAUUCCGCAGCUACCUUACACCAUCGACUAAGAGACCCAGGGCACAGGUCAAUUGGCAAAAACCAGCUCAGGCAUUUGUCAAUUCCCUCCGCCAGAAUUUUCACCUCACAACACUGCUGCUCAUAGGAGCACUCCUCCAGUCACUGGUCCUUUUCAUUAUUCCUCGCUUCUACGCCAUGCUCCCAGCCAUACUCAUCCUCGGCGCACGCCUAGCAGACAGUCUAGCCAUCACCUACGGCUGGAAGAGGAACCCGUACCUCGACGAAGCCAUUUUGCACCGCGUGUCGCCGCAGAUCCCCGAUGAAGACGGCAACUUCCAUCAGGAACCCGCAGAAGAAAAAGUCGUCGCCUUCAUGCUCGGCGCCAAAGUCAAUCAUCCCCUGGGCCUUUUCGCCCCGAACGUCAAACAAGUCGGUGACGGCUUGCAGGAGAUGUUCAAAGAUCUCGAGGACCACGCUCCCGAGAACGGCUUUUUGGGGGCCUCCGUGUGGCACAGCACCGACAAGAAUGGCGCCACUGAACUCCUGUACCCCUCGUACUGGCGGUCCACCAAGGAUCUGCACGACUUCGCCUACGGUCCAGUCCACAUGAAGACUUGGGACUGGUGGAACAAGACGAUCAAGCAGAAUGACCAUAUUGGGAUUUUGCACGAAAUGUUCGAGGUCGACCGCAAGUCCUGGGAGGCUAUUUAUGUCAAUUUCCAGCCGACGUUGCUUGGCGCGACGACGUAUGUCAGAAAGGGGGAUAAGUCGAUCGGUGGGACGGUCGAUGACCAGUGGAUUUCACCUCUUGUGGAUGCCAGGAGUGGGAAGUUGAGAAGCAGUGCCGGUAGAUUGGGACGGGAUCCUAAUGAGCUGUAUGAAAAGCAUAGGCUGGCUCCGGGUGGGAAGUACGAAUGAAGGGGGCAUGAUUUGCACCGGGGUUGUUUUCAUAUCUGCAUAGCGGCGGCGGACUGGCUGUAUUGUGCGUACAUAGUGACGGGAAUAAUAUGUACUAGAUUGUGUG